UGUGUUUUUGGUUUCUUUCAGAAAAGAAAAAUAAGUUAACAUACAUUUCCAAAUGUUCGUUAUCAAACUUUUCGUUUUCUGUUUUCUCGUUAAGAAAUUUCAAUUUCAAUACAAAUAUGAUGAUUAUGACUCAACAAACUUCUUGCAGGAAAAGUGUGAAUUUGAACCGGAGUGCAUAUUUCCAAUGGGAUUCAUAACUUCCGCAACCGUCAAGUAUUAUCCUAUGAAUUGUUCGAGAGUUUGUGCUGACAUACAAAUAGAGCAACACUGUGACCUCAGUGUCGAACAGCUUACAUAUCUUUUUAGAAAUUUGAAGCAUAUUGUCGGGAGUCUGUCGAUAACCAACACAAUGUUCACAACUGCCAAGUUUUUGGCAGGGGUCGAGUCAAUUGAAUGUGACUACUGGGACAUUGCCAUUAUGAAGAACCCGAGAAUGGUGGAAGUUGGGAUGACAAGCUGGUCGUCUGUCACUUGCGCAUAUGUUGUGAUAGCUGAAAAUCAACAAUUAAAACAUACAAAUCUAACCAAUUUGAAGACUUUCAAUCUUCACGAGCUAUCAAAUGCGACAAAAUUUGAUCUACAACUUUACGAGUUAGGUCCAAAAUUCUGCAUUAGCGUUGAGGACGUAGAGUAUUACACUUACAUUGACCAUUUUGAUGUUGUGACUUUAUAUGCAAACUAUUGUGAGCCAAUUUACAAUCCAAACGAUAAUUUGUGUAAUGUGAAGUUGCGAUCGACUUUGGAAGGAUGUACCCGGGUCUUUGGAGACCUGGCUAUUGGACCAUAUUAUGAUGUGGCAACUUUGAAGUCAGUCGAGAUAAUAUUUGGAUCACUUAUUAUUAAUGGUACUAACUUCGAGAUAAUUGAUUUUUUCCUCAAUCUCAAGUAUAUCAUCCAGCUGGGAAUAAGAGAACGCGGUAACGUAGAAAACGCGCCAGUGAUAGUUGUGGAAAACAACAAAAAUUUGGUGGAUUUCUCAAUACCUUCACUGAAGAAAAUUCGAUCAAGCACGAUGAAUGCUGUAGUUUUUAAAAAGAAUAACGAGAAGUUCAUGGCCGACCCGAAAAUUUGUUUCGGGAUCAAGAUGGCAUUAAACAUCACACAUUUCUACACUCCGACGUUCGACGGGAGAGUGUGCAGUAAGUAA